AGCUGUCACUUGGUGACCAGUUUUAUUAUAGAGAUAGUGGUAUCUUAAGAUUCUGCGGCGGAUUAGGCUGCAUAGAAAUAAUGGUUGAGUACUUGUACUUACUUCCUGUAAAGCCGUAACAAUAAUGUUGUUGUGUUGAACGGUUUUGUUGGAAAGCGUCGUACACAGCAGCGUACAGUACUUACGUUACGGCUUAAGCGCAUGAUGGGUUUCGGGAGGGAAGGCCAGCUAACGCGACGUAUUAGAGCGACCACAAUUUUUGGCAAUACUCGUAGCUGAUUACCGAACCGUUUACCGUAGUAACAGACUUCGGCUUGUUAUCAAAUUCUAAAUAAAAUAAAUUAUCUUUCUUUACCACUAGAGUUGCUUUUUAAUUUUAUGCAGAUCCAGUGUUGUUUUAAACGUUCAAAUGUACUAAAAUAUUACCUUCUGAAGCAAUCGCGCGUUUAUAUUUCCCUGUUUUUAUUUCGAAUACCGUAAGAUAGAUAUAGUACAGUACAAUGAGUAGGUAUAAUACAUCAUUGCCUUCGUCGAACGCCAAGACGGAUAAAUACAGUACAUAAGCAUAAACUUUCCUCCUGUACUGUAUCCACGCUGGUUUAGAAGCUGUGUUGAAUUGUUUAUCAACGCAGCGUGAUGCAGCUUGGUCCUCUCGUAAUUUAUUUUUAUUUCUUGGUGCAUUGCACUGUUUUCGGUACUUUGGUAAACGAAACAGAAAAGGUCAUUUUACUGCACUCCCGGUACUACCAUGGACCCUGGAGACUACCCAAAGACCGCAAGAUUUUCCAAGAUCUCCACUGCCCUGUGAGUAAUUGUAAAUUAACCGAAGACCCGCAGCAGUAUUCCCGCGCGGACGCCGUAAUUUUCCACGGGCCCGAUCUGUCGGUGAACAUCCCGGAUAAGCUACCGCAGCAGCGAUGGGUCUUCUUGACAAUCGAACCCCCCGACGAAUUACCCAACUUGCAGUCGCACCGGAAACUCUUGGAUCUCAUCGACUGGACGAGUACGUACAGCUCGGAAUCGGAUAUUCGCAUCGUCUACGGCAAGUUCAUCAGCGGCCAGCCAUCGCCGAUUCAGUACCCUUUCUCACCCACCCCCCAACCCCGCAUCGCUUCGCAGAUUGUAGACGAAUGUGGUACCGGAAAUCAGCGUGAUCUCUAUCUGCGGACGCUCACAUCCCAGUUGGGCGCGGAUAAAAUGCGGGUGUUCGGGCAGUGCGGGGAUGGUUUCUGCCGAGAUAUGACGGAGGCGCAGUGUCUGGAGAUGGUCAGUCGGAGUUAUCGCUUCUAUUUGGCCUUCGAACGGACCAACUGCCGCGAAUAUAUUUCCGAAGAAUUCUGGAGGAAAGCGCUACAGAGUAAUCUUAUCCCCGUCGCGAUGGGCGGCCAGAGGAUUGAUUACGAGCGUUAUGCGCCACCGCAGAGUUUUAUCCACGCGGCGGACUUCAAUUCAACGAAGCAGUUCACAGAGUUUUUGGUUAAGCUCAGCAAAGACACCGAGCGAUAUCAGCAGUAUUUCGAUUGGCAGGCACUGGGUGCGGCCAGGGUAGGGAUCAAUGGGAAGAAUAUUAGUAGUAAUAAAUAUUGGUGUGAUUUGUGCGCGGCGCUUAACGAGCCCGACGAGAUCAGGAAGCCGCGUGCCCGCACCCGACCCAUCUGGAAAUGGUGGACUGCGGACACUCAAUGUGAUAAUAAACUUGUUUGGCAUGAUUUACUGACGAAAAUAAAAGAU